AUGCCAUUUGCUUCAUUUGUUGGUGUCAAUCAGCAUAGGCAGUCCAUACUUUUGGGAUGUGCUCUUAUGUCUAGUGAGGAUAUAACAAGUUACAAAAUGGUGCUAUCUCCAUGGCUUGGGGCUCUAAACAAUGUUCAUCCAUUAGCUAUCAUGACUGACCAAUGUGAUAGUAUAAAGGUUACCAUCAGUGCUAUGAUGCCAAAUACAAUACAUAGAUAUUGUAUAUGGCACAUAUUCGCAAAGUUGCCUACGAAGUUAAGCGGAGUUCUUGAUGGUAAGAUUGCAAAGGCAGAAUUUAAGGCUUUAGUCCUUGAUAGCAUUAACGUUGCUGAGUUUGAGAGACGAUGGACUGAUUUUAUUGAAAAAUAUAACUUAGAGGAAAGGGAUUGGUUUUAUAAGCUUUAUUUGGAGAAGGAGAAAUGGGUUCUGGUAUACCUAAAUGACCACUUUUGGGCUGGGAUGUUGUCCACACAAAGAAGUGAAGGAAUGCAUGCUUUCUUUGACGGAUUCAUCAACCGGCAAAGCACUUUGAAGCUAUUUGUUCAGCAAUAUGAGUUAGCCAUAAGAGCUAAGUUCGAGAAAGAAUUGGAAGCUGAAUAUAGGUCAAGGUGCUUUGAACCAAAAUGUUUAUCUGAAUUUGCAUGGGAGGAAAAAUUUCAAACAUGUUAUACUCGUGAAGUGUUUGAAUUUUUUCAAUUACAGUUAAGGAAACUGUACCACUGUGAAAUCAGCUCCCCUGAAGACCAUCAAGCAACAGCAGGGGUGGAGAAUUACAUUAUCUCAGAUUAUUCGUUCAGGAGUUUUAACACUGGAGAUCCAUUUGUAUUCGCGGUUGAAUAUACACCUAUUGGCGAAUAUCUAAGUUGCAGCUGCAAGUGGUUUGAAACAAGAGGUAUUCUAUGCUGCCAUAUACUUAAGGUGUUAUCUCAUAAGAGGAUUAAUAACGUUAAUGAGAGGUAUAUAUUGAGAAGGUGGAGAAAAGAUGUUGUUCGUCCGCACUUGAAACGUUUCUUUCUUGGAGGUUACCCACGUAUGACUUCUGAAUACAUGAUGUACAGGGAAAUAUUAGAGCAUUUUGAACGGGUUUGUGAUAUAGCAUUGGACAUUGAAGUGAUGAGGCGAUAUAUUAAGUAUCAUUUGAACAGAUUGGAGCAUGACCUUUUGAAUUGGGAUGAUGAUCAAAUGAUAAUUCCAGAUUGGGAAUUUGAAGAUACACAUGAUGGUGUGGGUGAGGGUGUGGGUGAGGGUGGGGGUGAAGCUUCUCGUGGACGUCCAAGGUUGAAUAGAUAUAGAGGGCGAAUUGAUUCAUACUUUAGAAGUUCACAAACGGCUGGUGGAAGUGGAGUUAGAGGUAAUAGGAGGGGUAGAUGUGGUGGUAGAGGUGGUGGCAGAGGUGUUGGCAGAGGUGGUGGUAGAAGUGGUGGUAGAGGUGGUGGUAGAGGCCGUGGUAGAGGCCGUGGUAGAGGUGGUGGAAAUACUGGGCUAGCGGAAGGAAUUGAGCAAGAUGAUGCAACAGUACAAGCACACAGUAGCUUGCCUGAUCUUAACGAUGAAGCAGACUGGGAGAUAGAAGACUUGACCGUUUAG